AUGGAUCUUAAUCCCAUCAUAGCCGUCAUGGCAAAGCCGCAACAAAAUGGCCGCAUCUUUGGUGGAACCUACACAGACAUCUACACUUACCCCUUCAUGGCCAACCCGAGUUGGUACUGGGGUGGGAAUUUCCAUCCUGGAGCCGGCGGCACUCUCAUCAGUCCCACAGCUGUGCCCGGAGUGGGAGUCCCUCGAUCACAGGAGCUAAAACAUGUAGAUGUCCGCGUUGUAAAUCAUGCGCUUUGCAAACAGCGCUAUGACGAACUCAGGGUACAACCAGGUUUCCAGGGAGUACUUCCCGUGUAUCCUGGAAACCUGUGCACCGGUCUACUUGACAUCGGUGGCCAGGACUUUUGCACCUGGGACUGGGGCGGCCCCGUCGUACACCAACGCGAUAUUCUGAUCGGAGUUAUAGGAUGGAACGUAAUAUGUGGUCAUCCCUUCUAUCCAGGAGUUAACACCGACUUAAGACUGAAGGGCUUAAAAACCAGGGCGGGCCAGGGCCAAUAA